CAUGUGAACUGCAACUCCCAGAAGGCCGCGCGGAAGCGGAACGUGAGCCAGGGAGGACUUCCGGACGCCAACAUCCGGGCCGCGCGGGGAAGGGGAGACUUGGGGUAGAGUGACCAUGACGAAAUUAGCGCAGUGGCUUUGGGGACUAGCGAUCCUGGGCUCCACCUGGGUGGCCCUGACCACGGGAGCCUUGGGCCUGGAGCUGCCCUUGUCCUGCCAGGAAGUCCUAUGGCCACUGCCCGCCUACUUGCUGGUGUCCGCCGGCUGCUAUGCCCUGGGCACUGUGGGCUAUCGUGUGGCCACUUUUCAUGACUGCGAGGACGCCGCACGCGAGCUGCAGAGCCAGAUACAGGAGGCCCGAGCCGACUUAGCCCGCAGGGGGCUGCGCUUCUGACAGCCUAACCCCAUUCCUGUCCGGACAGCCCUUCCUCCCAUUUCCCAUUAAAGAGCCAGUUUAUUUUCUAA